UGCACCAUGUUUGGGGUGAUCCUGUUCUUGUGUUUGGUCGGGUGCAGUCUACAGGGAGGGGUAAAGCCGCAGAGCGGAGAAGCGAGUCCUCUGUACCAGCCGGAAUACGUCCGAGGUGCAGGGUCCCAGCAACAAGGAGCUUUGGGUCCACUGGGAGCAAAGGCUGGAGGUCUUCAGAAUGCAUAUGGAGGAUUGGGGCAGAAAUCUGGAAAGCUGGGUGUAGGACAGUUUCCUUCCAAGCAAAAGCCAGGUUAUGGAAAUUACCUGGGCAAUGUCCUGGGACAAGGAAUAGGAGCAAAACCAUCAAAAGCAGGUUAUGGAGCUGGAGGAUAUCCAAACAUCGGAGGAUAUGGGAAUGGAGUGCCCGGGUAUCCAAGUAACAUCGCACAGCAAGGUUAUGGAGGAAAACCCCCCAAGUCAGGAUACAGAGCCGGGAAUUAUCAGACAGGAUAUGGAGCUGGGAACUACCCGCAGUACGAAGAACAAGCAGGCUACGGAGCCGGGAGUUACCCUCAGUACGGUGCAGGCUACCAGAAUGGCGCUGGUCCAUACCCCAGUAAUGGCGCUGGUCCAUACCCCAGUAAUGGUGCUGGUCCAUACCCCAGUAAUGGCGCUGGUCCAUACCCCAGUAAUGGUGCUGGUCCGUACCCCGGUAAUGGCGCCGGUCUGUACCCCAGUAAUGGCGCUGGUCCAUACCCCGGUAAUGGCGCCGGUCUGUACCCCAGUAAUGGCGCUGGUCCGUAUCCUGGUAAUCUCCAACAACAAGGUUAUGGAGCGAAACCUUCUAAACUAGGUUAUGGGGCCGCUGGAUACCCGAAUGCGGCUCAAAGAGGCUACAGAAAUGGAUAUGGUGGAUAUCCCAGCAACUUCCAGCAGCAAGGAAAAUCAGGAAAGCCACCAAAGGCCGGAUACGGGAAUGGUGCUGGAAUCUUUCCAAGCGCCACCGGUCUACAAGGUGGAAUUGGAAAACCUUCAAAAGCAGCUGCCGGUUACCCAAACAGCUUCUUCCCACAAGGUCUGGGAGCCAAAUCAGCAAAAGCAGGUCAGUACCAGCAGCCUUAUCCUAAUGGUUUUUCCAAUAUUCAAGGCAAUGGGAAAGGAAUAAAGUCUCCACUUAGUGCCUAUCAGGGUUCUCAAGGGGAAAGCUCAAAGCUUGGUGGAUUGGGGAAGCUUCCAUACAGAUCCCAACCUGUGGCCGCGGAUUCUCUGGGUUAUGACACUAAGUCUGCCAAGUCUGAAGUGAAGUCUCCCUAUGGCGCCCAGGCAGCAUAUCCCGAUCCAAGCAGCAGCAAAUAUGCUGGAGCUGGACAAAUCCCAUUCUCCUCUCAGCCGGUAUCACCAAGUACAGUGGAAGAGUAUGUGACUCCUUCAACCACUGUAGAAGGUGGAUAUCAGCAGCUGGGAGGAGGCCAGAGCCCAUGGACAUACGCCCCCGAGGAAUCAUCUUAUGGACAGAAUGGCUAUUAUGGAAACGGUUACAGAGGCUGCUCUGGGAAGUGCUGAGCUGUGGAGGAUUGUGGCCCCCAUUUCGGGCGACCAUCUUGGGGUGUGAAUGUACAUAAAGGGGAGGGGUUAAUAAUAUUAUUCCGUGGGGGCCGUCCUUGAUGUUCGCUGUGACGCCUCCGCUCUGCACGUGGCCCCUCAAGUAUCUUUGAUCUGUCGGGCCCCAACUUCCUGGACUGGAUAUAUAACACCAGUAACAUGGAGGGAGCGAUCUGUGACCCUCAGUCCAGGAAGAGGUGGAAGUCGGGGCCCCUGACAAUAAACUGGGGCCCAACCUGCAAUGUGAAUGUGAUGUCAUCCAUGUGAAAUGUGUACAAUAAUAAUAAAGUGACCUCAG